AUGAAAGCUUACUUGGACACUCUUCAUCUGUGCAGGAAACACAGUGAUGAAGACACCUCAAAUGGAAGUACAACACUGGUUGAACCAAAAUGGAUGGAGUUUAUAUCAGCUUUGGCAGCGGGAAAGAGAGCAAGAAUGAUGGUGGAGAUAGCCUCAGAAGGGAUAUCAUCACUAACAAUACCUCUGGGUGUGGCAGCGAAGCACACAGGAGGGAAACUUAUUUGCAUUCUUGUUCGUCAAGAAGAUAUAAAGAAAAGCAAGCAACGUUUAAAAGUUUAUGAUUCACAUCUUGAAGAUGUGAUCCAAUUUGUCCAUGGAAAUCCUUUGGAAGUGAUCAUGCAGUACAAGAACAUAGACCUCAUUGUGAUUGAUGGCAAGUUACCAUUAGAGAAUGAUUCUCACUUAAAAAUAUGGUUCAAAAGAAUUCAUUUCAACCCAAGUGGCGAUGGGACUAUUUUAGUAAGGCACAAUACAAGACACGGAGUUUCUUUUUCUGACGUUUUGAAUGGAAAUGCAGAGGGUCGGUCUGAGACUCUGCCUAUAGGAAAAGGCUUGGAGUUGAUAAGAAUUCGAUCGAUCACUAAGCGUGAGAAUAGGAGAUGCAAGAGAUUUCAUGUAACAUUUGAGAAUUGA